AUGACGAUAAUCGUCAAGGGCGCCCCGCCGCCCGACGUGUCUCUCGACCAAGUCGCCCAGUCCGCCCGCCGUUCCAGCACCACCACCCUGUCGCACCAACAUGGCCACUCGCGCAGUGACUCAAUCACCGCCCCUCACCCUCCCUCGUCAAAUCAAUCCGACCCUCUUAACAACCUACCCUCGUCGCCUGAGCAGAUCAAGCUCAAUCUCCUCAUCCUCGAGUCUUCUCUUCGCGCCCAGUACCUAUGCCUAAGAGCCCGCUUACGCCUUUACCUUGUUUUGAUGACCGCUCUUGCCCUUUGGAUCUCAACUUUUACAUAUCUCCUUUUCUUACGUCCGCGCGAAGAUGGCAAAGGUACCGGUGGCUCUCCUUACUGGGUCGUCGACAUUGCAGAACGACUAGGCUGGGUCGGAGGUCUUGUCACUGCUGGUCUCGUCUGGGGCACUGGCAUGUGGGAUCGCGGUAUCCGCUGGCCGAGGAAAUGGGUCAACAUCACGAACAGAGGCUUGCGAGGCUUCAAUCUCAAACUCGUCGUCAUUCGCGGUCCUUGGUGGAAGGAAACUCUUGGCUAUCUAUAUUUUCUGGAUCCAUGGGGCUGGUGGGGUGAUGUCAAGGGCAUGCGCUUUGAAUUUAUGCCCAAAGAUAUCGAGAAAUCCGCUUUGGAAAACAAGGACAAGGUUGGCUUGUGGGAGACUGGGGGUCGCUAUGGUUGGAUCGAGGAAGAUGUCGCUCCCGGCGGAGACGUCAUCAAGCUCUUAUUACUACCGAAACCCUUCUCGCCUGACUUCCGCGAAGAUUGGGACACCUAUCGUCAUAAUUACUGGGAAAAGGAAAACGAACGUCGUUCGCAGUUGCGAGGCAUCAUCAAGACAAGAAAGAGACAAUUGGCAAAACAGGAAGGUGGCUGGUUAUGGUGGACUGGUUGGAGAGGCUGGACUCGUCUACGACACCCUACAAGACCCAAUCACGAUCAGUUCAACAGGCUGCAACGCGAAGCUCGCGAGAAGCAGAGUCUUUCUCACAUGAGAGAGAAGAAGGCCAGGCCGAACAGCAUCUUCAGAGAUAACAGCCAUUCGCGUUCGAGCUCGAGAAGUUCCACUCCCGAUUCUGCUGCCUAUCGUCCAGAAGGGAAGCUGAGGAGGAUGAGCAGUACUCAGAAUCUCAGAAAGGAUCGCCCUAAGCCGGUUACUGGUAGGCGCUCAAGCCGUCUGGCCUCUUCCUCUGACUCGAGACCUGGUACUCCCAGUUCAGUAGGCACUGCCUCUGAACACGAGACCUCGCCAACGUCUCUGCAUAACCGUGCCAGCAACCUGAGCAUCAGCUCGACUUCGACGUGGACUAGUGAUGUCCUUAAGGAGGAUACACCACCCACUGAUGUUGACACGGCUGACAAGGAUCAGGUCACGCCCAAGGGUUAG